AUGGACGGGGAAGGAGGUACUGAACUGCUUGAAGCGUAUGACUACCUUUUCAAGUUCAUCGUCAUUGGUGAAGCAGGAACAGGGAAGUCGUGUCUGCUAUAUCACUGCAUUCACGAGACUUUCAAAGAGCAUUCAGCACAUACCAUAGGUGUCGAAUUCUCAAGUCGUACGCUUAGAAUAGGUGAUAAGAAUAUCAAGCUUCAACUUUGGGAUACAGCAGGACAAGAGAGAUUUCGAUCAGUCACGAGAUCAUACUACCGAGGGGCAGCGGGGGCUCUUUUGGUCUACGACAUCACUUCACGACAAAGCUUUGCGAACCUCAGCAGAUGGUUGACCGAUUGUCGGGCUCUAGCAUCCCCUCAUUUAGUCGUUGUGCUCGUGGGCAAUAAACUUGACAAGGAGGAAGAUAGGGAAGUUGAAUAUGUCGAAGGAUCUCGAUGGGCGCAGGAGAAUGGAUUAUUAUUCGUUGAAGUAUCAUCCUUGACAGGAGAGAACGUCACGACACCUUUCCUCCUCGCUGCUCGUUCCAUACUCUCUUCUAUCGAUUCAGGCGUUCUCGAUCCAGACACUCCUAACACUGGUGUUAGUUAUGGUGAGAGACAAUUACGAACCGUGGGUAGUAGCUCGAGACUUAGCAUGGCAUUUGGAAGAAGUAGUAGACGAAGGAGACGGGAUAGUGUGAGUAUACGGGAUAUGGUAGGGAAUAAUCGGUGCAGUUGUUGA